ACAAGUUCCACCCGUCCUAUCAACUCACAUAUAUCCAACGACACAUUUUCCUCCCCGCCUCAUCCAAAGCGUGUUAAACGGCACUGUCUCAGUAUCAGUAAAGACCGCAUGACAGAUAUAGUUCAGAAAAGUGAAUGGAAGUAUCUGGUAUCAAUCCCAAUGAAUACGACUGGCAUCAGGAGGAACGAGAGGUUUUCCUUGAAAUCUUCGUCACUAGCUGGGUCUUCAUCUCGGUGCCACAGUACAAGUUAUUGGGUCGAUAACCAAAGAGUGUGAAGAAGGACCCCUCCCCCGACGCCCGUACAGCCUCCUCCUCCUGGCCAGCUCCCUCCUGCCCAGCCCUCUCCUGCCCAGCCUCCUCCUGCCCAGCCUCCUCCUGCCCAGCCUCCUCCUGCCCAGCCUCCUCCUGCCCAGCCUCCUCCUGCCCAGCCUCCUCCUGCCCAGCCCUCGCGAUGCCCUUCCUGAAGCUGGACCUGCACAACCACAUCCUGCCGGAGUCGUGGCCGAACCUGAAGGAGCGGUAUGGGUACGGAGGAUUCAUUCAACUCGAUCAUGAGUCCUGUGCCAUUCCCGGUAAAGCCAACAUGAUGAAGGACGGGCAGCUUUUCCGCGUGGUGGACGAUAACUGCUGGAGUCCCGAGGCGAGGAUCAAGGACAUGGACGACACAGGAGUCACAGUCCAGGCCCUGUCCACCGUGCCCGUGAUGUUCUCCUACUGGGCCAAGCCUGAACACACGUUUGAUCUGAGUAGGCUUCUGAACGACGACCUCGCCAAAACCGUGCAGCAGAACCCACGUCGGUUCGUCGGCCUUGGAACUGUGCCGAUGCAGGCCCCAGAACUCGCCGUCGAGGAGCUGAAGAGACUCAAGGGUGACCUACGCUUCCCCGGCAUACAGAUCGGGUCGCACGUCAACGAGUGGAAUCUCGACGCCAAGGAACUCCAGCCCGUGUGGAAGACGUGCGAGGAUCUUGGUCUGUCAGUGUUCGUCCACCCUUGGGACAUGCAGAUGGGAGGACGCCAAUCGAAGUACUGGUUGCCAUGGCUCGUAGGGAUGCCAGCUGAGACCGCCACUGCCAUCUGUUGCAUGCUUAUGGGCAACGUCUUGGAACAGUUCCCACGCCUGAAGGUCUGCUUUGCCCACGGCGGCGGGUCCUUCCCCUACACCGUGGGUCGCAUCCAACACGGGUACGACGUCCGGCCCGACCUAUGUGCCACGGCCUGUGCUACGGCGCCGCGCUCCUUCCUCGGGAAAUUCUGGUGCGACAGCUUGGUUCACGAUCCUGAUGCUCUGAAGCUCCUGCUGCAGGUGAUAGGUGACCGACGCGUGAUUCUUGGCUCCGACUACCCCUUCCCCUUAGGCGAACACCAUCCGGGGAAGUUGAUCGAGAAUUCGGACAUUCCCGACUCCACCAAGAAACAGCUGCUUUUCGACAACGCUCUGGAAUUCUUGAAUUUGGAAGCCUCUCAGUUCUCGUAAUGGAGGGUGAGGGGGGAGGAGGAGGAGGAGGAGGAGGAGGAGGAGGAGGAGGAGG